UGCCAUUUAAUUCCGAUAAUCUGUUUUCUUAUACAUUUGCGAUAUGGAUGGUAAUAAUUAUAUAAAGGGAUGUUGUGGUAAACAUAGCAGUAUCAGUGCCACUAUCACAAUGAAGGCCGUGAAUGUUUGUCUCUUACUAGUUGCAAUAGCUCAGGCACAUGCCGCAGAUUGGGCCCAGGUCCAACCGGUGUACAGGGACCGACCAACUUUUAGAGUUGCAUCUCACAGCAAGAUAAUUGGUGGCAACAUCGCCACCCCUGGACAGUUCCCAUACCAGGUUGGGCUUUUCAUCGACGGUAGCGGCUUCUGCGGUGGCUCUCUCAUUUCUGAUACCGUUAUCCUGACCGCAGCUCAUUGUGUUGAUGGCAUUCGUAUCUUUGAAGCUCACCUUGGAGCCCAUGAUAUCUAUGACAUGAAUGAACCAAACAGAGUCAUAGUUAUUUCAACUGAUGGCGUUGCCCACGAGAAUUUCAACCCAGCCACAAUUGACAACGACAUCGCAAUCGUCAGGCUGGGCUUUCCGGUCGGCGGAUUCGGCAUCUCCCCUGUUCGUCUGCCUGCUUUCUCCCUAGUGAACGAAACCUUCAGUGGGGACAGAGUUCGCGUUUCUGGAUGGGGCAGGACCUCUGAUGCCACUUCCGGAGUGAGCCCUGAACUCAAGUACGUUGAUGUGAGUGUCAUUGAUAACAGUCAGUGCCAAGCCUAUUAUGGUAACAUCAUCAACGAAUCCAAGAUCUGCGUUGACACCAACGGCGGCACUGAGGGCACCUGCCAUGGAGACUCAGGUGGCCCUCUGGUCAUCCAGGAGAGCGAUGGCGAGUACACUGAAAUCGGUAUCGUAUCCUUCGGCUCCGUUGAUGGUUGCGAGUCUGGCUUUCCAGCUGCCUUCACCAGGGUCACCGAGUACCUUGAAUGGCUGGAAAUCAAUGCUGGCGUCGCUCUCAGGCCAUAAAUUUAAUUUUAUACUGACUUAUACAUAUGAAAAUAAAUAAAUUUAAAAUAUUAA